AUGGAUUCUCUCUAUGGACUCUCGCGGAGCAGCCCCUCGGCCUUCUACCGUACGAGAAAUGGCGGAUUUACUACUCGCGGCGCGUGGAUCUACCCCCUCUCCUUUAGU